AUGGAUACAUACAACAGGUUCCUGGCUGAGAAUGUCCUUACAGAAGACAAAGUGGUCACGUAUCGGUUCCUGAGCCGAGCACUUCAGGUGCAUGUCAAUUCAGCGAAGCAGAUGUUGUACGAGUUCCACAGGAGCCAGAAUGCCAAGCGUCCGGGAGCUGUGCAUGCCACUUACUUGGUGUACGGCACAAAGAGGGCGAGCGAUGGGCCGUCAGCAUCGCCGAAUGGCACUGAUGGCGACAUCGAUAUGUCAAGUUCAGCGCCCGAGGUCGAGUCGCUUACCGAAGUUGUGCCCACAUCCACGCUCUCUCUAGUUCCUGAGGAGCGACUGAAAGAGGCUCUUGCAGAAUAUGACGAGGUCACCUCAGUUCAUGUCUACAGCAUCGGCCCUCACCCAGCAAAGGACAUGGCUCUCCUUGUCGAUGCAGCCAACCAAGUGCUUAGCCUUGGCACCGGGGCUGACCAAAAGCGUCUUGCUCCCAUAAUCAAUCCCAGAGUGCGCCGCAGAGAGCGGCAGGAAGCUGGUCUGAAGGCCGCGGCCGCAGCAACCGCUGCAGUUAAGAUGCAAGCAAAGCCUGGCUCUUCAGAGCCCGCACAAGUGCCGGCAUCUGCAAAGGUCAAGGAGGAGUCAAAACCUGCCCAGCCUGUUCAGGAGACGGCCGACAAAGCUUCUCUCGGGCCAGCCAAAAAAUUCGCACCGCCCAUUAAGCGUGGUGCCAGCUCAGGCAUUAUGCAGGCCUUUUCCAAAGCCGCAUCCAAACCAGCAAAGGUCAAGAAGGAAGCAGAAGCCCCACAACUUGCCGAAGCCAACGGUCACGACUCGAAUAUGCAGCCAUUGUCCGAUGACGGAGAGGACGACGAAGAGUUGCCGCAACCCAAAGCACGUAGCGCUUCCGGGUUCAUGAGCAAGAAGGAGAGGGAGGAGGCGCUGAAACGGAUGAUGGAAGAGGACGACGACGAUGAAGACGAGACACCGGAGAAGGAAGACACGCCUGAGGAAGAACCCAUGGAGGUGGAACCAGCAGCGCCGGAACCCGUCAAGGAGGAGGAGACAGAGGUGGUUACGGCUGCAGCCAAUGGCCGUCGACGCGGCAAGAGACGGGUCAUGCGCAAGAAGCAGAUUAUGGAUGAUCAGGGGUAUCUAGUCACAAUUCAAGAGCCAGGCUGGGAGUCCUUUUCGGAGGAUGAAGCGCCCCCUCAAAGCAAGCCCAGGACUGCGACUUCUUCAACUCCGGCACAGGCUACGAAGCCAAAGAAGGGCGGCCCUAAAGGCCAGGGAAGCAUCAUGUCCUUCUUCUCCAAGAAGUAA